AUGCGGUUAGGCCACUUCUGUGUCGGCGCGCUCAGCUCAUUCAUUGCGUUCGGAGACGUCGUCAAUGCCAUCAAGCUGACUAUGCACGGGCGCAGACACCCGACCUCAAGCGACGGUGUUUUGCUGGGACGACGGGGAAACGUUUCACCCUUGACGAACAAAGGAGACGUUAGCUAUUACACGAACAUCACGCUAGGGGGAGCCGAGUUCACUGUCCUCAUUGACACAGGAAGCACGGAUCUCUGGGUAGCUGGCAAAGUCCCAGAAAGUCAGGACACAGGCAAGGCCAGUGGCGUCACGUACGCCAUUGGCGAGGUAAAAGGCCCUAUCAAGAAAGCACAUUUGGAUUUUGCUGGACACACAGUACUCAACCAGGCGUAUCUUGAGAUCACACCGGGUGAUGAGCCAGCAGGAACUGGCCUGAUUGGUCUUGGUCCUAAUAGCGGCUCGAAUAUCUUCCGUACUCUCAACAGCUCAGACGGACAUGCGGUCCUCGAUCGUAUUUUCCUUCAGAACACCUCUACGCCCAACUUCAUGACUGUGCUUCUUGGACGUUCGGAAGAUCCCGUCGAUACGUUUCCUGGCGACCUCACCAUUGGCGAAAUUUUACCUGGCUUCGAGAACAUCACAUCGCAGCCCAAGCUCACAGUAACCGACGUGCCUAUCUGGGAAGUCGGUGACCAGCACUUUCAAGUACUGUUGGAUGCAGAUGGAAUCAUUGGGCCUACUGGUCAACCCGUGAAAGUGAAGACGGCUGUAGAUGAGACGAAGAACAAGAAGCAAGUUACGGCCAUUGUGGACACAGGAUUCAGUCUCAGUCAGGUCCCAAGGGCUGUUGCCGAUGCCUUCUAUGGAGACAUCCCAGGCGCCCAGUUUGCAAAUGUUUCUGGUAUAGGGAGAACAUGGAUCGUGCCUUGCACUGAAGAAGUCAACAUCACUUUCAAAUUUGCAGGCCAGUCUUACCGCAUCCACCCCCUUGACGCUGCCUUAGAACCUUCCCUCAUCGGUAUCGAUAGCAUUAGAAAUGCCCAGGGACAGGAUUGCUGUAUUGGUAUGUCAGUUCUCCUUCAUGUAUCCCUUUUCAUCUUCCUGAAGCGUAUAUUGAAGUUCCAACCUAUUCUGUUCAACCUUGGCAAGAGCCCCAACUUUGAUAUGAUCCUGGGAAUGUCUUUCCUUCGUAACGCCUAUACCUUGAUUGACUUCGGGGACUUCUUGGCCGAAUCCAAAGGCAAAGGGGACCCGUACAUCCAAUUCCUUUCUACUACCGGCCUUUCAGAUGGACAUUCUGAAUUUGUUCGUGUUCGUUUGGGGGGCAAUGACACCACGACCGACCGAACACUUGCAAGUUCGCAUAACAAUAAUACGGCCUCUUCAGGCAGCAAGAGGACGCUCUAUUAUAUCUUGGCUGGUGUCCUCAUCGGUCUUGCCUUCCUCAUCGUCGUUGGCUUCCUCAUCUUCAACAAGGUUCGCCAAGCGAGAAAUCGCAAGACCGCGUACCACUCUCUUGGUGAUCAGACAAACGCACCCACGAAUGCUGCGGGGAUGCAACAGUACUACAACCCCAACACCCAGUACGAUCCGUACCAGCAAAGUCAGUACCAGGCACCAAACCCCCAGUACAAUCAGCAGCCUCCUCAGUACAGCCAAGGCCCUCCUCCAAAUCAGUAUUCAAACCCCUGGGAUCAUCGAUACUAG